UUCUUCAUUCUGUCUAAAGUAAACUUUCAGAUGAGGAAGGAGAGUUUAUUAGUCUAAAAAAUGGUCGUUUUAGGUAGAAAAUUUGUGUGUAUUUUAUUCGUCGUAUUCAUCUUUGCCUUCUUAAAACACACCAAUGGUCAUAUUCCUUGUACAACACUGGAGGACUGCUUAAAUGUUACGGGUGUAGAUGUGGUAUGCAAAGAAUCCGAAUGCAGUUGUUCCGAGAACGAUACGUUAAUUGAAAAUCAGAAAAUUUGUGCACCAAUUUCAAACCUCGGAGAAAUCUGCAAAUUUAAAGAACAGUGUUUAGUAAAUGACGCUCAUACGGAAUGUAUGUACUCCAGUAAUCCGGAAGUAUCUCAUCACGUCUGCAGAUGUGCCACCGGUUAUGAGAAAGGAUAUUCUAACGGGAAAGAAAAAUGCAUUUGAGUUUAUCGGACGACCGUGUACGAGAAGAAUGCCAAAAUUUUACACUUUUUUGGAAAUGGUGACAGCGUCCCAAUUAUAAUGAGCUGUCUGGCUGCCUUUUUGGCACUGUUUGCGUGUUUUGCCGGAAUAUUUCAAUUCCU